AUGGCAACCGCAGUAAUUGAAAAUAUAGAUUUUCGAACAGAAGACUUUGAUUUGUCAAAUCUGAAAGAAGAUUCAUCAGCGGGUAGCAGUAAAAUAAAUAAAGUGCCGGAUAUGAGUCGUAUGUCAACUCCAAAGCCUAUAAUGCAUCUAGGCUCAUCAACAGAGUUUCACCGUCAACCCAGCGCCAUGCCGCGAACACCGUUUAAGCCCGGUACUGGCUAUAGAUCUAGCACUGGUUUCAAACCGACUACAAACUUUAGUAAGCCGGGUACUAGUUUCAAACCCGGUACGGGUUUUAGGCCUGCAACUGGCAUGGAUACAGUCAGCCGACCCAUGACUGCGGUUAGAGGUGCUGGUUACACGUCGCACGGAAAACCGUUUGACCCUCUAAAUCAAGCCGCGUCUGUACCAACACCGCCACUGGAAUUGCAAAAGGACGAUUCCCCGGAAGAAAAAGUCAGACAACAAGAAUACAAAAUUAUGCAUUUGGUAGAACAGGCUUGCGAGGCGCACAACCAAGGCGAUUUUAGACAGGCCUUGACAAAGGCAAAAGAGGCUUCGAAUAAGGAAAGGAACCUGAUAAGAUUGCAAGAACAGUCUGGAUUAGGAGAUCAUCACAAUAUCGAUUUAACUUAUGCAGUGCUGUUCACGCUAGCUAACCAAUAUGCGGCUAAUGAAUUAUACACAGAAGCCAUCAAUACGUAUCAAAUGAUAACGAAAAACCGAAUGUUCGCAAACGCCUACAGAUUGAAGGUGAACAUGGGCAAUAUCUACUUCAAACAGGGCCAAUACCAAAUGGCGGUUAAAAUGUUUCGCAUGGCUCUGGAUCAAGUGCCUUCGAGUCAGAAAAAUCUGAGAAUACGAAUAAUGCACAACAUUGCCACGGUAUUCAUCAGAAUGGGACAAUGGGAGGAAGCAAUAGGCAGUUUGGAGUAUAUAAUGAGCGAACAGGCCUGUCAUAAAGCCGGAUUGCAUUUGAUCCUUUGCUGUAGAGCUCUAGAAGAUAAAGAAAAAAUGAGAACGGCUUUUGCUCUAUUAUUGUCAGUACCGUUAAACAUCGAAGACGAAGAAAAAUAUAAUUUCGAACAGGAUUCCCCCGAAGACACUCUAAUAGCACUGGCGAUUCAAGAUGACGAUCUUCAUAAGUACGAAACUGCGAAACGCAAAGAAGCGGAAUAUUGCAUUCUUACAGCUGCUAGACUGAUUGCUCCUUACAUAGAGGAGACUUUCGGAGAAGGGUACGAUUGGUGUGUAACGGCGAUAAAAAGUUCCGAAUACGCUAGAUUGGCUUCGGAUUUGGAAAUCAAUAAGGCCGUAAUGUUCCUGAAACAAAAACAGUUACCAGAAGCCAUCGAGACACUGAAAGCUUUCGAAAAGGAUUCCGUGAUAGCCAUAAACGCGGCCGUCAACUUGAGCUUCAUCUAUUACCUGCAAGGCGAUUACGAUAACGCCGUAAGGUACGCGGAAGUCGUCGAAAAACAAAACGCCAAAAGUGCCGAGGGAUACGUCAAUUAUGGAGCUUGUUUGAUGGCCAAAGGGGAUAUCAGCAGCGCCAUUACUUGUUUCCAAAAGGCUCUUGAAUAUGAUCACACGUUUUUUGAGGCCAUUUUCAAUCUAGGUUUAUGUUUGAAACGUCAAGGCCACUACAUGGAAGCUCUGUCGUGUUUUCAACGAUUUUCCGGUUCGCUAGCCCUGCUACCGGCCGUCGUGUACCAAGUAGCGAAUUUGCUGGAACUGAUCGGAGACAACGAAGCCGCAGCUGACACCUACCAGCAACUACUCGGUUUAGUGCCGACAGACGCGAAGGCUCUGUUAAAAUUGGGGGAACUGUACGACCACGAAGGGGACAAACAGCAAGCGCAUCAUUAUCACAGCGAUUCUUACAGAUAUUAUCCGGCGGAUCUGUCUGUGAUCGAUUGGUUGGGUUCGUAUUACAUCGAACUUCAAGUCGUCGAGAAGGCGCUAACGUAUUUCGAAAAAGCCGCCAUUAUGCAACCAAACGAACCCAAAUGGAACAUGAUGGUAGCCGGGUGCCAUCGGAGGAGCGGUAAUAUGCAUAAAGCUUUAACUCUGUACCAAGAAAUUCACAGGCAAUUUCCAGAAAAUUCGGAAUGUCUAAGAUUCCUGGUUCGUUUAUGCGGUGAUUUGGGCAUGCGAGAAGCGCAAGAUUACCUUUUGGAACUAAAGAAAUUGGAAAAAUCCAAAGAGGUUAGAGAACGGGUCAAUAGCAGCAGACCAGGUUCGAGACGGACCAGUAGCGGGUUGUCAUCCAGGGCGGGGUCAGGAUUUAGUCCGGUACCGGAAAACGCCGCUCUCAGAACCCCACCGCUGUCCGGUAAUAAAAAUAUGCGCUCCUCCAGGCUCAUACAAUCCCACAACAGCGUCGGAAGUACAGACUCUGGAUUCGCACAGCCGACAAUCGAUGCAAGUUAUUCGGACCCACUGGGACCACAACCGGUUAGACCCAGGACCGGAGCAGGCAAGCCUCUUGAUUUUGAUGAUUUUGGUAAUGAAGAAUUGGGCGAUGAUCUCUUACCUGAAUAA